AUGGCUUUUACUGUAGCUUGUGAUGAUGAUGUAAUUGUGCAGGUUGCUAGGGAUUAUGGACAGGAACUUCCAGCCCCCUUGCUUGACGAGAUCUCAGAUACAGAAGUGGAAGAAGAGCUAGCAAUGAAAAUAGCAUGGCGGUAUCAGAUCCUACCCAAAGUACAGACUACUCUGGCAUCAUCUUCAAGAUUUGGUCACUACUAUGCAAUGAAUACUGAUAUGUGUGAGGCAGCCACAUGUCACAGCUUCUCCCAUCCUAAUGAGCUGCCUUUGGAAUCUGCCACAGAAUCAAGUAAUAUGAGCAUAGGCUAUAUCAAGCUGCGAUCCAUCCAGGGAGUCAUCCACAAGGAAGGAUUUGACGGCGCUGGUCCCCAGAACAAGCUAAGAAGCAUUCUAAGGAUAGGAGUCCAUUCGCUUGGAUCAGCCAUUUGGGGUGACGAUGAUGAUAUCUGUUGUAAAGAGAACCCAGAACAUGCCCACAGUCUGAGAACAUUUCUGUACAGCCUCCAUGCGCUUUUCAGAACAUCGCUUUCUGUUUGUAUGGUUACAGUGCCUUCGCACUUCGUUCAGAACAACGCAAUUAUGGAACAUAUAGCAAAGUUGUGUGAUACAGUGGUCAGUCUGGAGUCAGUCAGCGGCUCAGAGAGGGAAAGAAACCCUGUUUACAAGGGCUAUCACGGUUUAUUACACGUGAAGCAUCUCAGUUUAAUGUAUGAAGUUCCUGACACGAAGGAUCUUGCCUUUAAAUUGAAGAGAAAACCAUUUACUAUAGAGACACUGCAUUUGCCUCCAGACUUGUCAGACACAGUGAGCCGUUUGAGCAAACAGGACCUGGCAGAAUCUGCCAAACUCCUGGGAUUGGGAUGUGGCACCAUAGCCACAGACAAGAAGCACCUGGACUUCUAGUGGUUUCAGUUUAACCAUUUCAUGUACAAUUUGCCUGACUCUCUAAUUGAGGCUAGAGAUUUAAUUUGUAAACAAGCUCUAAUGAGUCACCCUCUGUU